GAAGGGGUUUUAGUUUGGGGUCACAGAAAAGAAGAAGAAGAGGAGGAGAAUUUAAGAGAAUCUCUCUAACAUUAUCUUCUUCUUCUCUUCUUGAAUUCAUAUUCAUUAGUUAUUAGUAUAAAGAUAGAUUCUUUGGUUUCUUCAUUUACCCUCUUCUCCUUUUUUUCCUGUUUCUGGGGGUUUGGUGUGAAGGGGAGAACCCAAAACAAAACUUGUUUUCUGUUCUCUCUGAAAAAAUAAGAUAAAAAUGGCAACUUGGGUCUUAUCAGAAUGUGGUUUAAGACCUUUGCCUCGUCUAAUACCAAAACCCAGAACAGGAUUGUUAUCAAACAGCAACAGAAGUAGUAUUAAGCUGCCUUUGGGUGUUGUUAAUAAAAAGAUUGAAUCAGUUGGUUCAAGAGAUCUUAAUCAGAUUUGGUUCAAUGGGGCAGCAGUAUCUAAUAAUAAUGGAACCAGAAGUAAAGAUUGGGGAUUGAAAGUUAGUGUGCCAUUACAGGUUGCAUCUUUGGAUGGCGAAGAAGAGGAGGAGAAGGUGAAUGGGUUUAUGAAGGAUUCAGAAUUUGACCCAAGUGCACCACCACCAUUUGGGUUAGCUGAUAUAAGGGCGGCUAUUCCUAAACAUUGUUGGGUUAAGAAUACAUGGAAGUCUAUGAGUUAUGUACUCAGAGAUGUUGUUAUUGUCUUUGGUUUGGCUGCUACUGCUGCUGCUCUUAAUAAUUGGAUUGUUUGGCCUCUAUAUUGGGCGGCUCAGGGAACUAUGUUUUGGGCAUUAUUUGUUCUUGGUCAUGACUGUGGUCAUGGAAGCUUUUCUAACAACCACAAGUUAAAUAGCGUGGUGGGGCAUAUUCUUCACUCGUCAAUUCUUGUACCAUACAAUGGAUGGAGAAUUAGUCAUAGGACUCACCAUCAAAACCAUGGUCACGUCGAGAAUGAUGAAUCAUGGCACCCGUUGCCUGAGAAAAUUUAUGAGAACCUAGACGCAGCUACAAAGAGUUUGCGCUUUACAGUGCCUUUUCCCCUCCUUGCAUAUCCAUUUUACUUGUGGAGUAGAAGUCCUGGAAAGACGGGUUCUCACUAUGACCCUAACAGCGAUUUAUUUGUUCCAAAUGAGAGGAAAGAUAUUAUCACCUCCACAUCUUGUUGGACAGCUAUGGUUGGUUUGCUUGUGGGUUUAUCUUGUACAAUUGGUCCUAUGCAAGUGCUUAAGCUCUACGGGGUUCCCUACUGGAUCUUUGUCAUGUGGUUGGAUUUCGUAACUUACUUACAUCACCAUGGCCAUGAGGAAAAGCUUCCAUGGUAUCGUGGAAAGGCAUGGAGUUACUUAAGAGGAGGCCUUACAACAAUUGAUCGUGAUUAUGGUUGGAUCAACAACAUCCACCAUGACAUUGGAACUCAUGUGAUACAUCACCUCUUCCCACAAAUACCACAUUAUAACCUUAUAGAAGCAACGGAGGCAGCUAAGCCAGUGCUCGGGAAGUACUACCGAGAACCGAAGAAAUCUGGACCUAUACCAUUUCAUUUAGUCGAUACUCUAGUAGAAAGUUUGAAAAAAGAUCACUAUGUUAGUGACACAGGGGAUAUCCUAUUCUACCAGACUGACCCUCAAAUUGCUGGUACUUCACAAGAGAAGUCUGCUUAAAGCUGCAAAGAUGAGCUUGAUUUUUCAAUGAGGAAGCUCCUAUUCGUACAUUAUUUAUCAAAAUCCUUUUCAACAGUUAUGGAUGUAAUUCUUCGAUGAGGAAGCUCCUGUUCUUCUACACCGGGUUGUCCGAAAUAAGUCAUUUUCCUUCCAAAACAUGGAAAGGAGAAAGUAAUUGUUUCGUAUAAAUGUGAUUAGGGUUGAUCAAUCUGCCAUUCUUUGUAAUACAUAUACUUGUGUUCAGAUUAGAGCAAAUCUUGUAAUACUAUCUAUUAGAGCAUAUGCUAAGUGGUAUUUUAACAAAAUGGGUGUUUUUAUAUUUACAGCAAAUCUGUAUCGGAAAUGUUUGUAUUUCUUCUUUAGAUAAAGACAUCAAUUACAAUA